CUACAACACCCAUAGGUUACGCAACUGCCGUAAAACGUCUUCUUCUGUUGCAAUGGCGUUUGCGGCAGCAGGGAAAUCGAGGGGAGAGCAGUGACAAACGUCGCCAACGGUCACAUUAUCUCCUCAGAAGUGCUCGGAUUUUUUACAAUAUUCGGCUCGCUGUUUCAGAUAUUGGUUGUGUAAUUCUUCUCUUUGUGGAUGAGAUUGUGUUGGACGUUUCCGAAGCGCGUCUCUCCACUUUAAUGCGGUGGGAUGGCCACAGUGCCGCCUGGGCCUAGUAACGCACUGCCUUCAUCCCCGGUUGAAGUUGCUCCUUUCUCCGGGGCAGGGAGAGCGGAGCCGGCGGUGGAAGCCGGAGAGGCGACCUACCGCGUGGAGGACAGCGUGUCCGCCUGUACGGGCAAGAAGUCUCAGCCGGCGAACGAGGUCAAAGGGUCGGCCAAGAAGAAGCAUAAAAACAUGCUAGCCCGGGCUAGCCCGGCGGCGCUCCACUUGAAAAUGCAAGCCGGAGAGCAGCAGCAGCUAAACGGCUUGGUCAGCCCUUCGGAGGACCCUGACGACCACCAGCGCUCAGGGGGCCGACCCGACAAUCUCAAACCGUCCGAGGACAACUGUGACAGCAGCUGUGGCAGCGAGGCUGCGGCCGCCAUGAACAGUACGGAGCACUGUCAGCACGAAGGCCACAACCCCUUCUCCAAAAACGGCAACCACUCUCCUGUGACUAACAGCAGCGUGAACGGGAUGCCGGCUUUCAGGAGAACCGAGGCGGCCCACGAAGGCGAGGACCAGUUUGACCAUACGCAGCCCACAAGAGAACCGGGUGACAGCGACGGGCCCGGCGGGGAGGAGAGUCCGGCCGAGCCGCAGCUGCAGCCGCCUGCCGUGGAGCUGGCCCGGCUGGACCUGAGCGGCUCUCCCGGUAGAGCAGAGGGAGACAGCCACGGCAUCCGCUAUGUCCGCUACGAGUCCGAGCUCCAGAUGCCGUGGAUCAUGAGACUAAUCACCAAGGACUUGUCUGAGCCUUAUUCAAUUUACACGUACAGGUACUUCAUCCAUAACUGGCCGCAGCUUUGCUUUCUGGCCAUGGUGGAGCAGGAGUGCGUCGGGGCUAUCGUUUGUAAGCUGGACAUGCAUAAGAAGAUGUUUCGUCGUGGCUACAUCGCCAUGCUGGCCGUGGACUCAAAACACAGAAGGAAAAGUAUUGGUACUAAUUUGGUGAAAAAGGCCAUCUAUGCCAUGGUGGAGGGGGACUGUGACGAGGUCGUCCUGGAGACGGAGAUCACCAAUAAGUCGGCCCUGAAGCUGUACGAGAACUUGGGUUUUGUCAGAGACAAGCGGCUGUUCAGAUACUACCUGAACGGGGUGGACGCGCUGCGGCUCAAACUCUGGCUCCGCUAGAGGGGGUGUGGGGCGGCGGGUCUCCAGGUGCUGCUCACCUCUAACACUAGGAGCUCAACAGCCUGAGCUCUGCCCUUGGUCAUUACACACACACACACACACACACACAUACACACACACAAACACCCCCCCGCCCCGUUUUGAAACGCGAGGAGUUAGCAUCGACACAGGCACACCUUCCUUUCCUCCUCGACGUCCGAACAACUAUCGCUUAGGUGGAGAGAGACUGAAACGCCAACAGACGUGUUUUAUUUUUUACAAAGAGGGGCGGCCUCUUCUCCUCCUCUGCCACCACUUCACCCCUCGUCUCCCGCACUGUGACAUGACAGGAUCCACGAGGACAAGCGGCACCACACCAAAUCAUCCUGCAGAACACUGGACCAAACAGACCUGCAGGAAAUGACACGCAGGGAAGCAGGAAGCUGCGACCGGGAGGAAAAUAUUUGUGAAGUUUUUAGUUUUUUUUUUUUCGUUUUGUUUUGUUUUUUUAAGCUUUUGUUUGGUUGGGGAGGGUUAAAGAUCCAGUCUGGCUCAUGUGUUUGUACUACCACAUGAUCUUCUUUUUUGGGUGUGUGCGUGUGUGUGUGACUUUUGGUUGUAUGUGCUGCUGUUGGUUUCACUGAGAUUUAAGCGAACAUGUUUUGGGUGACUGCUUGGAUGCGUACUGUAUGGUUCAGUUUGUUUCUCGUUCUGGCCCCCCUUCUGCUGUCUCUCCCAUCACCUGGACCAGAGCCUGUAAACACUUUUUAAUGUGAGAGAAAAACAAAGCUCCUUUUUUUAUUUUUAUUUUUAUUUUUUGUCCGGAGCAGUUGUUCAAUUCAAAUCAAUCCACAAUCACCUCAAAGUUUUUGCCCAACUUUUUUUUUUUUUUUUUUGAUGUCUUUCACGAUAUCCAACCCUUUCAGGGUGAUCUUAGGGAGUUUAAUUUCUGUUGUUUUGUUGUUUUUUUUUCUUUCUCUCUUCAGUACACUGCCAGCCUCUGCAAAAUGCCCCCAAAAGAGACUCUUUGCCAAGGAUGGUGUGGUCAUACAUGUCCAAGCUGUCUCUGUUUACUAACUGACAUGAGCAGUCCCAUUCUCAAGUGCCACUCUAUCCAUUAGGACCGACUGUAGUUAGAUCUGCACUUCUGUUCCCUAUGCUGGAUUCCUGUUUGAGUAUGCUGUGUGUAUUUAAACUGUUGAUAAAAAGAAGAAAAAUAGGCAAGUAUUCUUAGCAGAUAACAUCUUUAUUCCUUUUGUUUGAGCUCAGUUUAUUUAGGAUUCGUCCACAGUAUGCGUCAGAAAAGCAGCUGGGUCCACAAUACUCGAUGCACGACUCGCCCCCAGAACCUUCAGAGAGCUCACACUGACUGGCAAAGAAAUACUGCUUCAGCUGCUUUGGGGUCAUUGUCAUUUCCUUUACAACAAACAAACAAAAAAAGUUAAAUGAACAAGGUCAGAUGCACUUCUUUUUUAAAUUGCUGCAGUGUGUACGAGUAAAGAAGAGAGUGUGUUCUGCGACUUUAACGGCAGCGUGGGUCGGUUCUGUUCAGAUUUUCUGCAUGGCUAAGUCGGCUUUCAGUGCGUGCUUCACCUCGACUUCCGCGGUUUAAUCGACAGUAUUCAAAGCACCGCAGGAAGCUGGCAUGCGGCACUAGUGGAAAUGUUUUACCCGUUAUUAACUAGUAGGCAUGGGCUGGUUUCACGUUCUUCAAGCGAUACGACACGUUAUUAAACCACAUGAUUUUUCUUACUUUCUAAAUUUCCCUAAUUUAGACACCACGACAAGAGUCGAUCAGCGCUGUUGAAAGCCGACAACAUUUUACAAGAGAGACAAAUUUGUCUCCUGGGAAAUAUUUCCUACCACAAAGAAAUUCUUGGUUGCGAAGGUAGAAAUGUGCCACCCAUAUCUAAUUAAUUGUGUUUUAAAACCACACCUUGCUAGCUCCUAGCUAUCCAGUAUGGCUAGUCAUAUAAAACCUAGCAGAAUUAGCUGUUUAUUAGCAUUGUCAGGCAGUUUUUAUUACAUUAAAUUAAUGAUGGAGUUGUACCAACAGUGUGUCUUGUUUAUGUACUCGACAGUUUUGUUUUUCAAAAGCAAGCACACCCCUUGACAAACUCUGUCUCCAUUACAGCUACGCGCAUCUAAACUAUUGUAAACUCUUAAAUUAUAGUGUUGGCUCUCUUGAGUUAAGCAUUUUUUCUUUUAUGGUUGGAACACUUUAAAUAGAGAGAGUUGCCAGUUGUCGAUAGUAGCCCAGUAAUUUGCAAACCUCACUGUUUUUCGGAAUUAAAACCCGUCAGCUGGGAAGCUCCAACUUCCGACGAUAUUUGAAGGCAUCACCUAAUGCCGUCUUGUUGCACUUGUGUUACUCUCCAUAUAACAGAACAGCACAAAUAACAAUACCCUGUGCACCAGGAGCACUUGGAAUCUACAACUAAAUUUAGUAGAUGUUUAUUUUAAAAUGCUCUGCUAAUUCCAUUUAUUCAAACGUAAGAUGAUUAAAAACGUCUUGAGUAAUAAUUUUGCAACUUUUAGCAGGUGUAGGAACAAAGGUAAUCAGAACAUGUACAUUUUUGUUCUAAAUUAACUUAUUAACACGGUGAAGUGUUUAUUCAGACCGGCCCAUGCCUAUUAACAGAACACGUAUGUGAUCAUUUGAAGCUGUCAUGACAGUCUAUGGCUGAACGCCUCUUUCAGAUUUACACUACAUGCAUUUGUGGCGUUUCAGGUUUAUUGUAGAUGAGCCUAAGAACAGAGCUGCCACCCUGUCUGUGUGAGUUUGUGUCCGUGUGUAUUUGAAGCCACUGAUUGGAUUACCUAUUUUCCUUUAUUCAGAUUUGUUUAAUGGUGUUUUUUUUAUCAUGUGUGGGGUUGGGGCUGAGUUAUUUGACUAGAUUUCUUUUUUUCUUUUCUUUUUUUUUAAAUUUCUGUGCUGCUUUAACCCACUCGGAGGUUCAGUGAGAAUGAUGAGCAAACAAAAAAAAAUCAUAAUAACCUACACCCCCAGAAGCAAGGUGUUCCUGCUUGUCUGACAUCCUUCAGUUUUAUUGGUGACCCUCUCUCCAGAGCUCCAGGUUCAUUCUGAAGGUUGACCUUUCCUCAGCCUGUCCAACGGGUUGGUGUUGCUUUUUGACGAAAACGAUCCACAACUCUCUCUCAAUUCUGCAAAUAUCGGUCACUUCCUGGAAUUUCAAGGGCAUUACAGCCUCCAUUCAGGCCAUAAUCACAGACUGAAGGGCUUUGUCAUCAUCAAUUCAUAGCCACUGACUGGUGUUGCAUUCGCUUCAUAAAGCGUCAGCCAGACGAAGUAAGGCGUCCGGCUGCCUCCCAACGGUUCUGACUAUAAAUUCCCAGCUAAAAAAAACACGCCCCUCAGAUUAUUAUUGGCACAAUCACGCAGAGGUUCCUGCAAGUCUUUCAGAGACGGACGCACCACCUUCCAACGAGAGACCCACGCGGCAGGAAGAAAGGGGGAGAGCAAAUAGUUUAUUUUUGCAUGUCUGUUCCACACACACACACACACACACGCUGCUCCUCUCCCCCUCAUCUCCCCUCUCUCCUUUCAUUUUCAAUCUGGAAAUGUCCAAUAGCUUUUAUUUAAUGUGGAAAAAGAACACAGAAAUAAAUUAUUUGAUUUCUUUUUUUAAUGCUGUAAAACUGAAUUGUCUUGUCUGCUGUCUGACCUGAUACACACACACACACACACACACUUAUCCACACACUCGGGGCCAUUUCAGUGUUUAAACGAGUGUUAUAAUUUGGGUCUUUUCUAAAUCUCAUUUGAACAACAACUAGUUGCACAAGUUUUAAUUUAUGGCAGAGUUAUGCAUGCAAGCGCAAGUCUAUACAUGCUACCCUGUUUAUAUUUGGAUUAGUAUACUUGAUUAAGUUCCCACCAACAAUCGUUUUCCUUAUUUCUGGUCAUUUCAUAUCUUAUGAGACAUAGCAUAGCUUUUUCUGGCAUAUUCCUUACAUAUUUAGUAGCAUUGAGUUGAGAACCGCAGGGAAAUCACUCGAUAAGCUCCCAGAACCAGUCUGAAUUUAUGUGUGGAACGUACAACUGUGCUGAAGUCUGUAAAGAAGUCGAACGUUUCAAAGGAAUCGAGUUGCAUCGUUUCUUUUUAAAACCUUCGGUCAUGCAUGGAGGUGGUAGUGUCAUGCUGAGGGUGUGUUUUCCUGCUACUAAUACUGAAACUUGUACAUAAUUGGCUCUUUAAAUAAAAAAAAAAAAAACAAAAACAAUGAUUUCACCCAAAACUCAUUUGAUAUGAUGUGAAAUCAUAAACGCUCUGGGGGGGAAAAAAUUGGUGGAAAUGCAUCAAUAAAGGCCCAUCUCCGUGGUAGCGUAUUACUGGACUAGAUUUUUAUUCUUUUUAAGUACAUUUUAUUUACACAGCACAAUAAAAUCCUAUUUGCUUUGAACAUUACAUCUAAAACAUUUUAAAAAAGGUGGCAACAAAUUAAAUAGUCAAAUAUUUUUUUAUUAAAAACAGGUUUGUUGUGGUCAAUAAACAAAAACGGACAUCUACAAGAAAUGUGUACUUGAUCACCACUCUUCAUAUUUACAGACCAUAAGCAUUUUACAUCACGCUCACAUCGAAAUGGAAAAAUAUAUAAACGGGCAGGAAGCAGGUCACACCGACAAAAGUUUCCACGUGUUUAAAUUAGACCUUAUUGGUUAUUGCUUACAAUCAUCCCGUGUCUUUAACCCCAGUUCACAAUUCUGCUUUUUAAAAGCAGGUUAAGAAAAUAAACUGAAUCUCCAGAGAUUUGGAAAGAUCUAAUCUUCUCUCUUUACUCUCCCUCGGUGCGUCAAAAAGGUCAAAUAUGAGAAAAUAGUCCAGGAGAUGAGACGAGUUUACAUUUUAGUUAUUUUGUACAAUUGAGUGUGUUUUAUGCUACAUGUUGUAAAUAGGAUGACGAUGUUCGGUGUGUUGCUUUGUUCCAGCAACUUCUGUCAAAAGAAUUUGAUAGAAAUUGUCUUUGAAAUAACAUUCAAACUAGACAUCUUUUAUUUAAAAUAGAUCACAUAGCUACAAUACACAACGGAUGUCAUCACUGGAAAUGACACAUAGAAAUUAAAUUCCAGUUAUUGACACUUUAAAUCUCAUCAUGAAUAGAAAGCAGCAGAGAACCCCGAAGGCUUUUAUUUUUAUUUUUUUAGGUCCAACAUUUUGCUUCUAUAAGCAAUAAUAAUAAUAAUGUAACAAUAAGCUCAUUUCAUCUCCUCGUGAUAACAUAAGGGGAUGAAAUGAGCUUUAAGUGUUGAAAGAUUAAAAACAACAAUGUCGAAACUGGCUCAAAUUAAAGUUUUUUACAGCAACCUUAACGUCAGGCGGUCACCGCCGACCAAAAGUUUGAUCCUCACAAAGCAGCAAAUAUUUAUUUUUACAGAGCAGUACGGUUUCUUGCAAAAGUAUUCACACCCCUUGAGCUUUUCCACAGUUUGAACGUCACUGUGUUUUACUGGGGCGACAGAGCAACACACUACAGUGAUUAUAGUGGGCUGAACACAUAUAUGCACGCUUUUCUUUCAUUUUU